CUAAUCAAACGAGAAGACAAACGACAAAGGAAACCCAGGACAAAAAAUAUAAAAGUAGCGAUGCCGUUGGGCGUCUGCGGAUUGGCAACACUGACGGGAAGCUGAGGAGAAAAUGGCCGAGACUCUGGAGGCGGUUGUCUAGUCCCUUAAGGUUAACAUGGAGGAACUACUAUCAUUAAAGUGGAACAAUCACCGUUCCACGUUUCUACAUAUAUUGGGAGUGCUCAGGGAUAAGCAAGCGUACACGGAUGUAACUUUGGCGUGCGAUGGCAAGUUUUACAGUGUGCACAAGUUGGUGCUCUCAACAUGUAGUGAUUACUUCUGUGCCAUGUUUGACAAGACUGCUUGUAAAAGCCCGGUUAUAGUGUUGAAAGACAUCAAGAGUGAGGACCUGGAGGCCUUGCUAGAUUAUAUGUACCUUGGUGAAGUGAAUGUGAGACAAAGUGACUUAGCGUCUUUGAUUAAGGCAGCGGAAAACCUUAGAAUCAAGGGCCUUGCAGUACCUGAUGAUGAGCCUCCUAAGAAAGGCUCAGUCUCUUCCUCUCGGACUGACACUAACAGGAGGGAGGGUGGUAGUGGCAGCCCCCCCUCCAAAAGAAAACGUAGAGACGAGGGUGAGGAUGGAAGGGAGGAUGUGAGACCUCCCCCAUCUUCAGGAGGUGGCUUACACACCCCUCCUCCACCUUCCUCCAGACCAAAGAGUCCCAUUAGCCAGCGACUAAGUCCUUCCCCCCUUAGAACCUCUCAGGAGUCCCUCAUGCCGGAGGACCGUGAUAGCCGUCCCCUCUCCUCUCCGGCGGAAUCUCCUGUUGCCUCCCACCUGCCAUCCCACCAGUCCUCACAACAGUUGCCUCAUCAGUCAUCUCAGUCAUCACAACCCUUGCCCGACCAGCAUGAAGUCACUAACCAGUACAGAGGAGAAGAGACGCCCACCUUUGUCAAGGUGGAAAUGGAAGAGGAAACGGAUGACAUGCAGAGGGAUUCCUAUAACAUGAGUGGGGACGGCUACAAGGAGGAGAACAGUGGGGGUGACCUGGGAGGGGACCUGAGUAAUGACCUGCCUGAGUUCCUUCAGCAGGCAGCUUCAGGGGCCCUCGCAAGCACUUCAGCUUCCUACCACCAUGCCUUUGCUGGACCCUCAGGCUUUCAGCCGGAUGUGUCUGGCUGGCAGGGGGAUAGUCAGUCCUUGCCUGGGAGUUUCUCUGGGCUGGGUUUUCAGCAACCUUCCUCUCAGGAUAAUCCACCAGGGAUGGGUGGCUGUAGGGCGGCGGAGAAGCAUGGCAAGCGGGCUGCUGGGGCGGGGGCGGGUGUGGUGAAGGUGGAGGAGGAAGGAUGGGUCAUGCAGGACGAGGGGAGGGGGUCACAGUGCCCGGAUUGCGGUAAGGUGUUCAACGGACGCAACCAUAAGCAGGUGGUUGAGCGGCACCGCAUCAUCCACACGGGUGAGAAGCCGUUCCAGUGUCCGCUGUGCUACAAGCGGAUGAACCAGAAGCACCACCUCACGCGCCACCUCCGCACCGUGCACCUCGACCAGUGGGAGUACAUCAAGAGACGUCGCCUCGUGUAGCCGUCGCCGGGUGCUUGUGGCGGGGCGGCGGCACGCGAGGCGGCAGGAUUCUGGGAAGGGUGAGGAACUCUACGCCAACGGUCCAAGUAAGAGUGUUAACAGGGCUGAGGAAGGACAGUCCGUGGAGGGAGAAACAUAUCGGUGUCAAAAAAAUAGUAAAGAAAAACUAUUAAACUGGAGCAGCUAGUGAGUCAGAUAACUACCUAAAUCAAGAGACUAUGCAAAGAAAAUACUCUAUGAGGAAGGAGAAGGGAUACGGCGGGAAUGUAAAGACAACGGAGGCAGUGGCAGCACAGCACAAAACCCAAGGCAGCGAGGAAGUGGAAUAGCCAAGGAAAAAGAGAAACACUGAGUGGAGAAAAUCCGACUUGAAGGCAGCUAUGCAGUGGAAUGGCCAAGGAAAAAAAGAAACUCUGAGAGGAGAAAAUACAACUCGAAGGCUGCUCUAAUGUGGAAUGGCCAUGGAGAAAAGGAACAUUGAGCGCAGAAAAUAUGACUCGAAGGCAGCUCUGAAGUGGAAUGGCCAAGAAUAAAAGUAACAUUGAGUUGAGAAAAUCCUACUCGUCAACUAUGCAAGUCAUACGUAGUGCCCUGAGGGAUGAGGAAAGACGGAGAGGACACGAGGACACUAAUGAUUAUUCUCUCGUGUGACGUCUGACCUCUCAUCCCGGCCUGCACAGACACACCUUUUGACUUCCUACUGGCAGGCUUGUGGCACCCAGGGAGGCGCUGCACUCUCGGGAACCAGCCGUAGCGAGCUUGGGAGGGUGUCGAUGCAGGAGUCUCUUCCCUGAUGCUAUUCCACAAAGCUUGAUAUUGCAUUGUCUAGCCCCGUCGGCCGCUCCCUGCAUCUCUCCACCCCAUCACUAGUCCGCUCAUCCCUUUAGGACCUGCAGUCUACGGAGUCAUGUUUCUUAUCAGUUUAUUUUAUUUUAUUUUAUUUUUAGAUUCAGCAGCUAAUGUGUCUAUCGUGAUCUCUAAGAAAAUACUCAGUAAUAGUUUUCCUUUUCUUAACUUAGAUCUCACGGGAUUGUUUUUAUUUAUACACUUUUUUAUUCUUGUUUACUUUCCUAAUCAUCUUUCUCUUUUUAGUUGUUAAAGACGCGACCAGCAAGUAAAUGGCGAUCAAAAAAUAAUUGAUACCUUUUUUUUUUUUUUCCUUUUUUUUCGUACAGAGGCAUGCUAUAUAUUUCGAGCUCAAAUUACGGAGGUGUUUCUUUGUUUAAUUACUGCAUAUUUUUAUUAUCUGUCAUUCCCGUGAACAUUGUAUAUUAGGCGCAUGGUAAGGCUACGGUUUCUUCGUUUAUUUUUAUAUUCAGUUGUAAAGGACAUGCAAGUUCUAGAAAGUAAUGUCGUGUGUGUGUGUGUGUGUGUGUGUGUGUGUGUGUGUGUGUGUGUGUGUGUGUGUGUGUGUGUGUGUGUGUGUGUGUGUGUUGCUUUGUCGCCACAGAG